CUAAUUCAUGUAAUGUUUCAUUGAUUACUUUUGUCAGAUAUUCUUCGAUCACUCUUUUCUCUUUGUUCUCUUUUCCUUCAUUAGAGUGCUGCUGCGUUGCCCUCAGAGGCCGAACAGCUGAUCACCAGCCGAGGUCAGAUCCUGCAGGUGGUUUGCGCCCCCGUCGGGGUUCAGUACAUCGUUCCGCAGCCUGAGCAGCAGGCGAUGCAACAGGAAUGUACCAUCACACAGAAACAAACACCAAAAAAGAGAGUCAAACAUCACCACUGCCAGUACUGUGACAAAGCCUUCACCACAUCGACAUAUUUAAAGAUUCAUCAGAGAAUCCACACAGGAGAGAAUCUUCACAGGUGUGAACAAUGUGGGCAAGACUUCAAUACAAGAAGUGCUUUAAUAAAACACCAACGUAUUCACACUGGAGUGAAACCAUAUAGCUGUGACCAGUGUGGGAAAAGCUUCACUGCUAACAACGAUCUAAAGAAACAUCAACGUACUCAUACAAGAGAGAAACCAUACAGCUGUGAGCUGUGUGGGAAAACUUUCACCACAGACGGUCAAUUAAAAAUCCAUCAACGCAUUCACACCGGAGAGAAACCGUACAGCUGUGACCACUGUGGGAAAACCUUUGCUUACGGGGACUCCCUACAACGCCAUCAACGCAUCCACACUGGAGAGAAACCGUACCAGUGUGAGCAUUGUGGGAAAACAUUCACUGAUGACAGCACUCUGAAACGCCACCAACACAUCCACACUGGAGAAAAACCAUACUGGUGCAAUCAAUGUGGGAAAACCUUCAUCAGAGUCAGUGAAUUAAAAAUCCAUCAACGCAUUCACACAGGAGAGAAACCGUACUGGUGCGACCAGUGUGGGAAAUCUUUCACUCAAGACAUUCAUCUAAAAAUCCACCAGCGUGUUCACACUGGAGAGAAACCCUACGGCUGUGAACAGUGCGGAAAAAGUUUUGCUUGGAGACAUUCCCUAAAAAUCCACCAACGCAGUCACACAGUGUAGUACUGGACAUGUUAUAGAGGCAGGUUAACACAGUCCUCCUAUCUCUUCUACAGGCCUUAAAACUACAGUGUUUGACUUUAUAAAUAAAUGUCUGUAACAAUCAAGCCUUUGUUAGACCAAGUUUAAACAAACAGAGUGUUUAAAUUUGCUGUUGGUGUUGACGUUCUUGUACUGGUCAGAUGAAUGAAUACUUUGAGUGCUGUAUGGGAAGAGCAUGUGACUUCAUAU